UCUGUGACUCAAAUGUCAAUGAUAAACGUCGAAUUCGAAAAUCAAAAUAAACUUUGCAAGUAUUUUUAUAUUUUCGAUACAUUUUAAUGUUUUGGAAUGGGAAUGGGUGGAAGAUUUAAAGUACAGAAAUGUGAUACUGAAAUAAAUAGUUUGAUCUAUAAUAAAUAGGUAAAUAAUACAACUGCACGUCUAUUUGUGUCGUAGUUUUCGUGUGAAAAAAAAAUGCUUUCAAGAAAACCUGUAUAUAUCCGGCCGGGUGAUGACACACUUUACCCAAUAAAAAACAGAGAUGGAGUCAUAGAGACACUAGUAAAUCCCAACAUAGACACAGCAUUGACCAUAGACAAAGAUGCACAGACAAACUUUGUGUACAACAGAUACCACCAUUUACCACUAGAAGCGCAAAGGCAGAAGCUACCAGUGUUUCAAUAUAGGAACCAUAUUUUAUAUCUUCUCGAGAAGUAUCAAACGCUGAUUUUAAUUGGUGAAACAGGAUGUGGGAAAUCUACACAAGUGCCUCAGUACCUCCACGAGAUCGGGCACAGGGUGUGUGUGACGCAGCCGCGCGUCGCCGCCGCGCUGUCGCUCGCGAGCCGCGUGGCGGACGAGCGCGGCGAGCCGCUCGGCGAGCGUGUUGGCUACGCGGCCGCCAUGACCUCAGCGCGCACCGUCGACACCGGCAUAGUGUUCAUGACAGAAGGCGUACUUCUGAGGGAGAUGUUCGCGUCGCCAUUGCUGAUGCAGUAUUCCUGCAUCGUUUUGGACGAGGUCCACGAAAGAUCACAAAUGACAGAUGUCCUGAUGGGAUUGUUAAAAAAGAUUGCAAAGAAAAGAAAAAACCUCAAGAUCGUGGUGUCAUCAGCGACCAUGGACGCGGAUUUCCUGAAGGAUUUCUUUAAUUUGAAGGACAAUAAGGACAAGAGCAGAAGCACGUCUGUCGUGAUGGCCAUGCGCGGCAGGACGCACCCCAUCGACGUGUUGUAUGUUCAAGAGCCCGUGCCAGAUUACGUCAAAGCCACAGUGGAUACCAUCAUAAAAAUACACGAAAACGAGCCUUUUGGUGAUGUACUGGCGUUCUUGACUUCACAAGAGGAAAUCCUCUCAGCCACAGACACUCUAGAAGCCUACGCCACAGACAACAACGAAAAGAACAAGCACAGAAGACACUUCCCCAGCGGCAUAGGUGCUGCCGACAUGAGCGUGGUGCCGAUGUACGGCAGCCUGCCGCACCACAAGCAGCUGCGCGCCUUCCAGAUGGGCGACAGGAACGUGCGCAAGGUGGUGCUGGCCACCAACAUCGCGGAGACCAGCGUCACCAUACCCGGAGUCGUUUACGUGGUGGAUUGCGGUUUCCAUAAGCUGCCGCACUUCGAGCCGUCUGUGGGCGUCGAGAGCGUGUCCGUGUGCCCCGUGUCGCGACACAACGCCACGCAACGCGCCGGCCGCGCGGGGCGGACCGGCCCCGGGAAGUGUUACAGACUAUACACUGAAUCAGAUUAUGACAACUUACCGCCGAGUGUGCCGCCCGAGAUGUGUAGGAGUGAUUUAUCUUCUAUAUUGUUGCAAUUAAAAGCACUUGGGAUACACAAUUUGUUAAGGUUCACGUUUCCAACCCCGCCGCCCGCCAAAAGUCUACUGGCGGGGUUGGAGACUCUGUACGCGCUGAAAGCGAUAGACAAGGAGGGAGAUUUGACUGAAGACUUGGGGGUCAAAAUGGCUGAAGUACCCUUAAAGCCUAUGUGCGCCAAAAUGUUGUGCAGUAGUGGUGAGUUCGGAGUCAUAGACGAGAUCCUGUCCGUGGUGUCGAUGCUGCAAGUGGACGGCGUGUUCACCAGACACGGCACCGGCAGAGACAACAUCGCCGCCAAGAUAAGCAGGAGGAAUCAUUUUGAGGUAGCUGAGGGAGAUAUAAUAAUGUAUUUAAAUAUAUUCGAUUCAUAUUCGAAACUGAGGUCGAGUGUAGAUGAGAAGAGAUCGAAAAAGCUGUGCAAAGACUGGUGUCAGAAGAUGUAUGUCAAUUAUAGGGUUAUGGAAAAGGCAGUAGAAAUAAGAAAUAGUUUAGAAAAACUAGUGAAAAAUAAAUUUGGUUUGACGAAUACGGCUUACGACGGACUGGAUUUAAUGACAGCGAAAUGCGUGCGUGUAAUGAAGGCCGUGCUGUCGGGCCUGUUCCCGCAGGCGGCGUACCUGUCGACGGACGGCUCGUACCGCGGCGUGCGCGGCGCCGAGCUGCACAUCAGCCCGGACUCUUGCUUGUAUCAUACACAACAACCCAAAUGGGUGGUGUUCGCGAGCGUGCAGAGCGCGAGCGACAAGGUGUGUAUGCGCGACAUGAUGACCAUCGACAAGCGCUGGCUGCUGGAGAUCGCGCCGCACUACUACCGGGAGACUUGAUGCACGAAUAAUCGUAUUUUGAUUUACGAAUAACCGUAUUUUGACGUACGAAUAAUUGUAUUUUGCGGUACGAAUAAUCGAAUUUUGAUUUACGAAGAAUCGUAUUUUGAGUUAUGAAUAAACGUAUUUUUACACGUUA